AGCAUCAUGUGACUUAUAAAAGCGAUCUUAUAAAAGUGAUUUUUUCAAAUCACCUGGAACACCACCUCAAGCGAGCAUAAAAGCUAAAAUUUUCUCUAAUUUGACUUGUUUUCAUUAGGCGUAUUUUAUAUUUGCAAUUUCAGUUUGCGUUAUUUGAGGGUUAAUGGAAACCUGCCUAAUGUUUGUUAAGGUUAGACUGUGCAGGAUUGUUGGUUGCUGUGUGUUAACCUAUUAGCCAGACAAGCCAGCCAACCCCAGUGCACUAUCAUUUAGCAUUGCCUUGCCAAAUUUGCGUGAUUUUUGGGGCUUCGUCAUUUGGAUGCCUGCUGCUUACAUGCUGGCACCAGAUCACUACCUUUUUUCUAAAAGCCCUGACUUCACCUAAAUGCUGUGGGAGUAGUUGGCCAUGAACGUCUCAAACACAUAAAACAAGAAAUAGUAAAGCACUGUUAGAGUCUCUGCAGAAAAAUACACCAAUACACACUUUACUGAUUCAUUCGUUUUUAGAGAAGUCCUGCAUAGUGUAUCUUUAAAUGUCCUUCCUGACUUGUGACAAAGAAGACAGAUUUUCUCACUUCCUUUAAUGUUCUGCCAUUAUCCUGUUGUCUUUAGUGAUUGAUUCCCAUUUAAAGUAAGGUACUGCCUCCUGCAGCGAUGACUCAUCCAUGAUUCAGAGGCUUGGUAUUCCUAAAGAAAUCUGCCAUGACAGACACAUAGUGCUGCUGCAUCGACUCGUUUUAUUGCACGCUGCUGUCCUCUGCUGGAUUACUGAGAGCAUUGCACACUGUUUCUGCCUGCUGCCCGUCUCACUGUAUUCUAACAACCCUGUUUUCUCUCUCAUGCUGCAUUUUCCAUCAUGAACAGGGAAAGGUACACAUUACCGAUUACUAUCGUUUUAAGUCUGUUAUAUAUAAUUGUUGUUUUGUGCUGUUGUGUGUGUUUUAUGUGAUCACAAGCAUAUAUUUGUCCAAAUUGGCUCACGCGUUUAUGCUUUGUUAAUGAUUUAAUAUGCGAAUUUGACCUUUUCUAUUUGAUUUCACCUGCAGGGAUUUUGCUUACGUGGCUCGAGACAACCUGACUCAGGUCCUGAAGUGUCAUGUUUUCCGCUGUGACUCACCUGCCAAGAACAUAGCUACAAGCCUGCAUGAGAUGUGUUCAAAGAUAAUGAUGGAGAGAAAGGCGACCAAGCCAGGAGUGAGCAGGCUCAACUCUGACCCGAGUAACCCAGUGGUCAUCCCUAUUGAAGAGUUUCCUGCUCCGAAAAAUGAACUCUUCCAGCGCUUCCAUGUUUAUUACCUUGGUUGUGAGGCUGUGUCCAAGCCAGUUGGUAUGGAUAUAAUCAAUGAUGCGCUCGAGGCAGCAGUUAAUAGCAAAGAUAAAAACGACUGGACUCCUGUCUCUGUGAAUAUCGCACCAGCCACCCUCACAAUACUUUCAAAACAGGUAACAGACAACAAACCGAACGAGAAUGACGUAAACUACAGGAGGGAGAUUCAGUUAUUUCACGUCAGGGGCUGACGUUUCGUCAUGAUGUGGCUUUCACAGGGAUGUCAGUGUAAUAUAUUUAUGCAUUACUUUCAGCAUGCACUUUUAAUAUGACCUGCUCUUCAUAUGACCCUAAAGC